CAGUUGCAAUGUGAGGAACGCAGCCAUUACACUUGGUCCUAAAUCUUUACAAACCGUCGCCGGACUACAUUGACUCGUUUUUUUGUGCAAAUUUCGUCUCAGUAUAACGAGUUUAGCAAACAUUUUGAGCGGGAUAUUUACUGAUUUCUACUCAGGAAAGUUCUAAAACUUUAAAACCCAGGUUAUCUCACAAGGUUUAGCGUGUUUGCUAGUGCCAGUGGAUGCUCACGUUUUGUGAAUAUUUUUUAUCCCAUACACGGUUUAAUUUACAUCAAAAUAGUCGUGUAAUAAUGGGCACACCUCUUAGAAAUGAAUCCUCUGCAGGUAGUUGCGAUGACCUCACAACUGCAACCGACUCGACUGCAAUCUUGUCUUCUGCACGAGCUUUACAGCAAGGAGAGCAACUGAAGGCCCCGACUCCUGGUUUGCUCUGUGGUCAAGGAACUGAGGCAGUUUCGACAUCGUCUGAGUUUACCCAUGGUGCCAUUGUGCACCUCAUUGAAGCAAUGCAAAAGUGCUGGGAUGUUUACAGCUCACGUGAGCGUGCACUUCUCUUCCAGAGUGUUCAGAAAGAACUGGAGAGCAACGGUUAUUCAUUACCUUUAGAAAAGAUUCGUCGCAAAUGGAAUAACCUCAUUGUUACGUACAAGAGGGUUAAAGAUCGCAGUUUAUUGUGUGGGGGCCCAACAAAGACCUCAUGGGAGUACUUUGAAAUGAUGGAUAAUAUUUUAGGAAAGACCAAAUUUGUUCAGACAGCCCCUGCUUCGGCCACUCUUCUUGGAUUUGCAACCACAGCUAAAGCUGCUGGAAAGUCAGAUGUAUGUCAGUCUAACAGCGUGCCAGUGGCUGCAAUGACAACUCCAUGUCUGCUUCCCAGUGGCAUUAUCACAACAUCUUCCCAGAUCCCGACAGUGGUGACUUCCCCAAUGCUGUGCAAAGUUACCCCGAAAACAAACACCAGUACCUCUUGCAGCACAGACAAACCUUUGCCCUCCAUCUCAACCAGGCCAGCUCCACUGAUGAGCCGUCAUCCACUGAAGCGGAAAUUAAGGCAUCUUCGGCUCAACUCAAUGGCUACGCGUGCAGCCCACCAGAAUGGCCAAGCUGAGGAACGCACUUUACUGCUUCGUAAUUUUCUCACCAGUCAAGAAGAGCGUACUCGCGUAGAGAAGCAACGUCAACGCAAGAUAGAUGCACGAGAAAGGCGUAAAGAAAAGAUUGCACGCAUGAUGACUGAUGAAAUGGGAAGGGUGGCAACAGCACUGGAAUUGAUCUCCUCCAAGCAGGAUACCAUUAUUGCUCUACUUCAGAGACUUGCUGACAAGCAUUAAGAAAAUGAAAGUUAACUGUUUUUUUUUCUAAUAUUACCUAUUUACCUGAAUAAAAUUUCAACAACUGCAUGUUCUAUCCAAUUGUGAAGUCAUCAUUAAGUCUACAAUGGAUUUGAGAACGUGUUGUCUGUUCAAACUGCGUGAAUUAAUACAGUCUGUAAAAUCUUAUUACAUUUCUUUUAACUUAGUAUGUCAGUAUGCCUUUGCAGAAACUGAAAUUAAGUGAAUGUAAUGUAUUCAUUAGGUAAAAUACUGAUUCUCACUUUUCUGUAUAUAGUUUCAAAUAAAACGUGUUUUUCUUAA